CCGCCUACGCCAGCAGGGGAGCAGGCAGCGCCUACGGCCGCCGCGGGGCGCAUAUAAGGUGGGGAGGGCAGUGGCCGGUGGCCGUCCGCAGCGCUGCCCGUCCUGCCCCGCCAGGGAACGCCGCCCGCCCGGUCCCGGUCCUGGGCUAGAACCGCAGCGUUUGUUCCAGGUCCGCAGCCUCAGCAGGAUGAACGCGAGCUUCUUCCAGAUCCUGAAAGCCAAGAAAGAACUCAUCCCCCUGGUUGGAGUGGUGUCCUUCGCGGCAGUCGGGGCGCUCUCUUUCUCUGUCUACUCGCUAUUCAGCAAAUCCGAUGUGAUCAUUAACAAGAGUGGCAAUCCAGAACCAUGGGAAGCGGUCAAUCCUACCAAGCCUCAGAAGCUAUUAACAAUCCAUCAGAAAUGGGAACCGAUAGAAGAGCUGGAACAUGUCAGAAAGCUUAUGAAGUGACAAGUUUCUGUUGCCUCAAAAAGGUACCCUACGAAUCUAGUGGAAUCACUUCUGCACAAACUUGACUACUGAAAUCAGUGUGCGGAAAUGCUUCUGCUACAUUUUUAGGGUCUCCCUACAUUUUUUGGACUCUGGAUGAGGAGUUUCAUGUUGCUCUAGAAGUUGGCAUACAACAUCCACAUAGUCCAAAAAUUUGUCUCAAAUAAUCAGUUUUCAGUAGGCAUUUGAUGUCAAAUGUUGAAUAUUCAGAUGGUAAUUAUAGAUGGAAAAAGCCCUCACAUUUUCACACUUUUUGUCGCGUUUUGUUUUCUCAAAAAACAUUAAUUUUGUAACUUUAUAUAUUUUUAAUAAAAUAUAUUUAAAAUUUUCACAACACUCCAUGUAAAUUCCAUAAAUGGAGAUUACCUAAAUGCCCUUCUAAAUUGGGAUUGCUGGUCUGCUUCUGCUCUGUAUUGUAUUUCAAUGCUGUAUGCAGACCAAAAAGUCAUCAUAGUCAGAGGAUGUCUGUAUGACAACAUAAGUGAGCAUAAAAGUAUACUUCCAUUAGUUUUCUAUGUUGGAUGUGAUGACAGUUUAAGUAAAAAUUAAUUUUCUACUGCUAAAACUAAAGUUUACACAUGCACUUGCCUGAACGCACUGAGGAGUCCAGUGGGUUACUUAAGGGUGUAUUUGAGACUGCAGGAUUAGAACACAAGAAUGAAGCAUGGCUAAAAGGGAAUUGGAAAUGAGAUAAUUUCUGUUGUAUUUAAAUAUUGUUUGUGUUUUAAACUUAGAAUGUCAUAGGAAACUUGCAUUAUCCAAAACUAAUUACAUAAUGUUAAUUUCUUCUUUUCAUGCAAGGUAGCCCAUGUGCAAGCUCAAAUGUAUGGCACAAUUAAUAUUUUUAAACAUUUCUAGAUACGUGCUAUUAAGGACAUCUGCCUUAACAAAGAGAAAGUAACGUUAAAAUUAGGAAAGAUUCUAUGAAGAGGCAGUUCCUCUUUAAGCAUCUGUCUGUUAUGGGUUGGCCGGGGAAGGAGUGUGAUGGGCAGACCCCCAGUAAAUUAAUGAGACAACAUAUGCAUCCAGUGGUAGAACAGUUCUUCUGUGGAUAUUUUCUGUAUGUGUUCCCUUCCAAGCAGUUUUGCAGUAUGUUACACAGUUUCUUUUACAGGGGAUGUUCAGAAUAUAUAUUACUUUCUGUGAGAAAGAAAGCAAAAGCGAAACAACUGCUACUUGGAAAAAAGUCCCCAUGAGUGAGUAAUAGGGAAGUGCUUUAGGUCACUCUGCUGCAAGAAAGACAAAACUGAAGUUAGUAAAGCUGUCUUCUGAAUUUUAAGGUAGUUUGGCUUCGUAACUUUAGGUUUUCUUCAGACUUAUUUCUGCUGAGAAAAAGUAAAGGCUGAAGUGUUGUCACAUACUUGUGUGCAGGUGCAGCAUAAAUAUCUGUUUAUCAAGUAAGCAUGACUCAGCAGCAUUUAUGUUUUAGAUCAAGAGAAACUACAGGGCUUCAGAAUAUUUUCUUAGCUUUCAUUUUAAGGAAUGACAUUACAAGAUGAUUGGACAGCAUAUAACCACAAAAAUCUAGUCCUCUGAGGAAUACAAGUUUAAAAAUCUAGUCCUCUGAGGAAUACAAGUUUGAAGUAUUUUAAUAGAGAUUAUUUCAAAAUAUUUUCUGUAAUUUCUGUUAAAAAGUAUAUAUUCUGUAUGUCUGUAUUUUUACGGGACUGUAUCAAAUAGAACAAAGUGCUGUGCUCUGAGUUGAUGCAUGAAUUAAAUGAGUUUGUUCUUCACUAAA